AUGAAUAAGAGAUCUGUAACUUAGACUGAGAGAGCAAACAGUGCAGCAGCAGGCAAGACCCAAAUUAGUACAUAGCACAAAUAAACUUUUAUGACAUAAGCAUAGAAAACUGAGCAUUUAAUCAAUGAAAUAGUUGAACAGGAGUGUCCUAUCUACACGCAAUAUAAAUAGAAGAACACUAAGUAUCCAAUCAUGAAGAUUAAGGAAUUUAAGAAGCCGAAAGCAGACCCUGUCGAUCAUACUGAUUAUAUUAAGUUUAAGACUAUGAAGAAUAACUUUGUGAAAGAGUACAAGGAGAAAUUAGAUAAUUAUUUUGAAAACAAUACGAAAUAUGAAAGAAGAUUCUUCAAAAUAUAUCACAGGAAAGAUCAGAUUUAUUUUAAGCAUCAGCAAUCCUCCUAAAAACACAUUGAAAAUCCAGAAGUUACUGACAUGAGAACAUACAAUUAGAUCCUGUAGAUGAAUCAGCAAUAGACUCAACGAGCCAAUUACAAUAAACAACAAGAAAAGAGGAGAAGAGAAUUGAAGUUGGAAGAGAAGGAAGAAAAGGAGUAUAUUAAACUCAUUAUGGACAAGUUCUUGAAAGAAGAAUAGAAGUAUUUUGACAAAUUGAGCAAUUUGGAGGAGCAAGGCCAAUAGAUGUUUCAAGAAAAAGUACAAUUGAGAAAUAAAUAUACUCAUGAUUACAUUAAGAAUCCAUAAAGGGAAUUCGUAGAGAAGAAGGAUCUCAUCAUAAGCAAGGCUAUACAAGUUCCAGAUUACAUGAAUUCAUCAGUUAUAAGCAAUGCUGGAUCGCAAAUGUAAUCAUAACCAACUCUAGGUUAAGCCAACAUGCCUUUCUCUAGUGCAUUCUCGAGUUUCCAAUAACUCCCAUCUUUUAAAAAUGUGCUACAUCGAAUGAAUUCAAAUGCUCUAUAUCAGUUGCCAGUACCAUAGAUUCAGGAAUACGACUUAAAACCAGGAGAGCAAAUCAAAAAGCCAUCUACUUAUCAGACACAAUAGAUUUUAGAUCUCUAGAGAUUGAUUACAUUAAAUGAAAAGAUUGAAUUCACAUUUAGAAUCGUCAGUGAUCCUGCAUUGUUAAGAUUGGUGGAUACCAAUGGCUGCACACUCUUGCAUUAAGCAGCCUUGAAGGAAAGAAAUGGGAUUGCCAAGUUUCUGUUGAUUAAGGGGAUUGAUUACAAGAAGACAGAUAACAAGGGAAGAACUGCUUUGGACAUAGCGAUUUCAUAAAAAAACCAAAAACUUAUAGAUUACAUCAAUUAAAUUAAGAAAAAAGGACUCAAAGAUAUAAACUGA